AUGAAAGCCCAUGUCAAUGGACAGCUACGAAACUGCUGUUUCCGUGUAGUGGUUGUGAAAACCAGUGGAGAAAACCUCCUUAGCCGAACUGUGGCUACUAAGCUAGGCUUAAUUAAGCGCUUGGAUGAAGUCAGCUCAUUCAGUGGUCUGGGCACACUCAAAGGGGAUCCGGUGAAAAUCACCUUAAAAGAUGAUGCAGAGCCGUACAGUGUAGCCGUACCAAGACGGGUUCCUAUUCCCUUACUCUCCAAAGUAGAGGAGGAACUGAAAAGAAUGGAGUCAAUGGGCAUAAUAGAGAAAAUAACCGAACCAACUGAAUGGUGUGCUCCUAUGGUGCCAGUGAUUAAAAAGAAUGGAAAAAUAAGAAUCUGUGUGGACUUAAAAAGACUUAAUGAGAAUGUGAAACGAGAGAAGUUCAUCUUACCUACGUUGGACGAUAUACUUCCCAAGUUAGCCAAGAGUACAGUGUUCUCCAGCCUGGAUGCCGAGAGUGGAUUUUGGCAAAUCCCUCUAAAAGAAGACAGUGCACGUCUGACCACCUUCAUCACACCGCUGGGCAGAUACUGCUUCAAAAGGUUACCCUUUGGCAUCACGUCAGCGCCCGAAAUCUUCCAACGAAAGAUGUCUGAGCUACUGCAGGGGCACGACGGGACAGUUGUCUACAUGGACGACAUUUUGGUGUUUGGUGAAACACAAGAAAUUCAUGACCAGAGACUCAAGCAGGUCAUGGAGACCAUACAGGCCUCAGGUCUAAGGUUAAAUAAGGAGAAAUGUCGGUUCAACAAGCCAGAAUUGGACUUCCUAGGGCAAGUGGUGACCAAAGACGGCAUUGCACCAAGCCCAGAGAGGGUCAAGGCCAUUGUGGCAAUGGAUCCGCCCCAAAACAUCAGUGAGUUGAGACGGCUGCUGGGGAUGGUGAACUACAUCGGACGAUAUCUGUCGAACCUGUCCACCGUGCUCCAACCGCUCAACGAGCUGCUCAAGUCUGAGCGUGACUGGUGCUGGGGACCGCAACAAAAACAAGCAUUCACAGAAGUGAAGCAGUUAAUCUCGUCAGCUCCGGUCCUAGAGUUCUUUGACCCAGCAAAGCCAACGGUCGUCAGUGCUGAUGCCAGCAGCUAUGGGCUCGGUGGAGUCCUCAUGCAGAGCCAUGAUGGAAGACUGAAGCCAGUGGCCUUCUGUUCACGCACCCUGACUGACGCUGAAAAGAGGUACGCUCAGAUCGAAAAGGAGUGCCUCGCAGGAGUGUGGGCAUCAGAACGUUUCUAUCAGUACCUGUGCGGUCUCGAGAAAUACAAGUUACUUACAGACCACAAGCCUUUAGUAACCCUAAUCAAUUCAAAAGACCUUGACACUACACCUUUACGUUGUCAGCGCCUGCUCAUCAGGUUAAUGAAGUUUAAUCCAGUUUCCGAAUAUGUUCCUGGAAAACAACUAGUAGUAGCAGAUGCCCUGUCCAGGCAACCUGUGGCAGACACUCCACCAGGUGACCUGGAGGCAGAGGUGCGAGCAUACGUCGACUCAGUUGAGGAUGACCUUAGGGUGAGAAAGCCUGUCAUCAAUCAGAUAAAAGACAAGACCAGGACAGAUGGCGAGCUCCAGUGUGUCCUCAGGUACAUCCACAAAGGGUGGCCGGAACAUCUUAAGAGUGUAGCGUUACAGGCAAGUGCCUACUUCAAAGAGCGUGGCUCACUUAGUGAAGCCAAUGGACUGCUGCGCCGUGGUAAACAGAUUGUGAUCCCUGAAAGCAUGAGAGACGAAGUGCUCCAGAAGAUACACCAGGGCCAUCUAGGCCUUACCAAGUGCAGAGAACGUUACAAAGGUGCUGUGUGGUGGCCAGGCAUAGCCAGUGACGUGAAACAGCUUGUGUUGUCAUGUAAACACUGCUGUAUCCACAGACCAAGCCAGAACAAAGAACCGCUGCUCACGACACCACUGCCAGACCUACCUUGGCAGAAGCUAGCUGCUGACUUGUGUGAGCAUAAGGGUCGUCAGUACUUAAUUGUAAUUGACUACUUUUCAAGAUGGCUCGAGAUCUUGGAACUGCCAAAGACAAACUCAGAAACAGUCAUACAAAAACUGAAAAGCAUCUUCGUACGUUACGGAACACCAGAAGAGUUAAUGACCGAUAACGGACCACAAUUCACAGCUGAACAGUUCAGAUGCUUUGCAGCAGAGUAUGAUUUCCAACAUGUGACUUCAAGUCCUCAUUUUCCACAAUCCAACGGCAUGGCCGAACGUGCUGUAAAGACGGCAAAAUGGAUCUUGAAACAGGAUGACCCCCACCUGGCACUUUUGAGUUACCGUUCAACUCCAACAGAACCAACAAGAGAGAGCCCUGCCAGGCUGUUGAUGGGUCGUGAGAUCCGCACAACACUUCCAGUCCUGAAAGAGAACCUGCGGCCAGUGUGGCCUGACCUGGAAACCAUCAAAAGAAAUGAUGCAAAAGCAAAGAAGUGCUAUGAAAGGUACUACAACCGCAGGUACUCCACCAAACCUCUUCCGUCACUUAGCAUCGGUGAUAAAGUGAGGCUGAAGAUUGAUGGAGAAAAGGCCUGGACAACCACCGCGACUGUGAAGCGCCAGGAGGCUACACCACGCUCCUUCACUAUGGAGACAGAGCAAGGCAACACUCCAAGGAGAAACCGGCGCCACAUCCAGCUGGUGAGUCGAGAGCCGUCCUUACCUCCAAAGACGGAUUCUCCUCAGCAACAAGACCUAGAGGGGCCAGCGGAACCGGACUUUGGCGACACCCAGAGCAUUCCCAGUGAACCCCCCAGUACCCCUAAGUCCUCGGGUCAAGUUGUCACCAGGUUUGGUAGGACUGUAAAGCCAAACCCAAGGUAUGUGAGCUAG